AUGAUGCGUGGAUCCUUCCUUGCCAAGUACUGUGGGAGAUUGGUGUAUCUCCGAUCUCGCAGCUGCUCUUCCCUGAGUGUCAAAGAUGCGACCACCAAGGAGCAAGCUGCGGAUUUAAACUUGCUGCGGACAGUUGUCGUCAGAGGGAUAAUUGCGUGCUCUGGAUACAAUCUUGGGUACUAUUUGUACUCCCCAGCCGAUCCAGAAACUCAACCACGAAGACCUCGAAGCAACCCUCCCGAAAAAAGUACAGAGCAUUUGGCUCACAUGAUUCAGUCAGCUCGGUUAGUUAAACGAUUACAUGAAGAAAACGUUGAUGGGAUGAGUAAGGCUUUGUCAAGUCUGGUGCAGUCCCAUGCUAGGCUAGAGGAGCAACUGUUGAGAACCAAGUCUAAGCCUGCAACAGUGUUGAAGGUGUCAAGGGCAAUCGAGGAGACAAUGAGCAGCCACCUUUUACUCUUACUCCAGAGGUUACAAGUGGGGCAAAUCUCCCCAAUACCAGUUCCUGCUCAAAGGCCAUAA